UGGAUCCAUCCUGACUCAUCCGUCCCCCCCCGUGGCGUGGGACAGGCCACGUCCCGCUGUGCCUCAGUUUCCCCAUCUGGGAAUCAGGGUCUCGGAUACUCCAGCCUUGUGCUGGGGUGGUUUGUGCGUGGAUUUCUUGGCUCCUGCUGAUCCCAGUGCUUGGGAUGGGAGGGAAUUACAAUUCAAUUACAUUGAUUUUCCAGCAAAGGCACCGCUGCUUCAAGGAGCGUGUGGAUUUGCUGCUUGAGAUGGACAGGAGGGAAAUGUUACUCCUAAUUUUUGGGAUCAGGAGAAUGAGACUGUGGGAGAAUUCAGGGGCUGCUCAGGCUCGCAGCUGGGCCCCAGUGCCCCUUUCCCAGCAGAGGGGAUCCCUCUGGGUUUUUCCAACCUUUGGAGUCAAGUGGAUCUGUCAGGAGUUGCCUUUAUUUAUUUAUCUUGUCCCAGACAAACCCUUGGCAUUGGGAAGAGCUGCUGCUCCUGCUGGAUCCUGUCCAAGAUCCGGGUCUGGUGCUGGCACUUGGUGAUCCCGGUGUCCUUUUCUGUCUCCUGCUCUGGGGAAGGAGCAGGAGCUGCCUGGGGUUCCAGGGGUCAGCUCUGCUCUGUCAAACCCCUGCAGCAGCAGCUCGGGGUGCCUGGGGCUCCCCUCUCCCGUUCCCAAAGGACAUUCCCGGCCUGCAUCUCUCCAGGUGUUCUGGGAUGAGUGAUGGGAAUGGUGUUCCCGGGGUGACAUCACCGUGUUGGCUGCUGUCAGGGAGCCGGGGACAUUCCCAGUGGGAAUGGGAACGGGAAAUGCUCCCAGAGCUGGACUGGGCUGUGCUGGGGAGGCUCAGGCUGCCGUAGCCCCGCGCUGGGCACGGCUGUGCCCGCUCCAGGUGAUCCCAGCUCCUGCCAAGGCUUGCUGCUCCGGCCCAGAUCUGCAUUCAUUCAGCUGCUCUCACUUGAGAGCACCUGGGCUCUGUUCCUCCUCCUCCCCAGCCUUUAGCGUGGAAGAUGGCGGGUGGCGUGGACGGCCCCAUAGGGAUCCCGUUCCCGGAUCACAGCAGCGACAUCCUCAGCAGCCUGAAUGAGCAGAGGAACAACGGGCUGCUGUGCGACGUGGUCAUCCUGGUGGAAGGCCAGGAGUUCCCCACCCACCGCUCCGUCCUGGCAGCGUGCAGCCAGUACUUCAAGAAGCUCUUCACCUCAGGGUUAGUGGUGGACCAGCAGAACGUGUAUGAGAUAGACUUUGUGAGUGCGGACGCCCUGUCGGCGCUGCUGGAGUUCGCCUACACCGCGACCCUCACCGUCAGCACUUCCAACGUCAACGACAUCCUCAACGCCGCCACGCUGCUGGAGAUCCCGGCCGUCAGGGAUGUCUGCACGGAUCUCCUGGAGAGGAAGAUUCUGGCCAAAAAUGACCAGAUGGAUACAGUAGAUCAAAUUGAUCAGAGGAACCAUCUCAGAGCAAAAGAGUACCUGGAGUUCUUCCAGAGCAACCCCGUGAACGGCCACCAAGGCAGCUUUCCGUGGACCAACCCAGAGUUGAGAGACCUUCAGAGACUGAACUUCCGAGGCCAAGAGGAGGAGGAGGAGUCAAACUGCAACGGCCUGGACUUCUACUCGCAAGCCACCCCAACCGAAAGACCAAAGGCAAGUGACUGUGACCCUGACAGCAACCCGGCCAUGUGGCUGGACCGCGAGGACGAGGAGCCGGUCAGCGGCGGGAUGUUCUCCCCUUCCCAGAACGGACAUUACAGCAGCCGUGGCUUGGCCACCCCGGGGGAGGAGGAGGGGGGCACCCCCAGGGGCCCUCUGGACCCGCAGGAACCCGGGGACUCGCCCAGCUUCAUCCCCACCGGCACGGAGACGGAGGACGACGCCAGGGAGGUGGAUGACCUGGCCACCAGCGCCCUGCUCCAGCAGAUGAUCAACUCGGUGGGGCGGCAGCAGCUCGGCGACGACGACCGCAAGGACGAGGACGGGGUCAUGGAUUAUUACUUGAAAUAUUUCGGCAGUUCCAGCGAGGGCGACGUGUACCCGUCCUGGUCCCAGAAGGUGGAGAAGAAGAUCAGGGCGAAAGCAUUCCAGAAGUGCCCCAUCUGUGAGAAGGUGAUCCAGGGCGCCGGGAAGCUGCCGCGCCACAUCCGCACCCACACCGGGGAGAAGCCCUACGAGUGCAACAUCUGCAACGUCCGAUUCACCAGGCAGGACAAGCUCAAGGUGCACAUGCGGAAGCACACGGGGGAGAAGCCCUACCUGUGCCAGCAGUGCGGGGCCGCCUUCGCCCACAACUACGACUUGAAGAACCACAUGCGGGUGCACACGGGGCUGCGGCCGUACCAGUGCGACAGCUGCUGCAAGACUUUCGUCCGCUCCGACCACCUGCACAGGCACCUUAAAAAAGAUGGAUGCAACGGGAUCCCGUCGCGGAGGGGCCGCAAGCCGCGGGUCAGGGAGGCCGGGGCCAUGCCCCCCACGCCCACGGGCAGCGCCGAGGACGGGGGGAGCUUCCCAGCCGAGAGCCAGGAGCCCGAGGACACCGCGCAGGGCGCCGAGCACGAGCGGCAGCAGCAGCAGCAGCAGCACUUUGAGGAGAAUUCCAAUAACGAAGCGCCGGGAUUGAAUGUAGCAGGAGGGUCGGAUGAGGGUAACGCGCAAGGACUCUCCUAAACCAAAAAAAAAAAAUAUAUAUAUUGACAAAAUGAGAAUAAGAAAUGACAAAAAAAAAAAAAAAAAAUCAACCCCAACCGACAAAACAACCACCUGAGAAAAACAGAAAGUCACAAAAUCUAGUUAGUACUUUUCCUCCGAUUUUUCUCUUUAAAAGAUGUUUCUCUCCCUUUUUUUAAGGAAAAAAAAAAAA